AUGGGGGCAGCUGGAAAAGGCCCCAGCAGCAUCAUCGACUACCCACAGCCCGUGGGGGACGACUGGGAUGAGGCGACGCAUCUGCUCAUGGAGGAGCGCGCAAAGUUCCAGGAACGUGAGAAGAUUCGGCUGGAGCUGGAGGUGGAGCAGCUCGCCCUGAUGCAGAGUGGCCCAUCGUGGGGAGACCUGCUCUGGUCUGCCUUGCAGCCCUGGCAGGUCUGGGCAUUUGUUGGGCUCUCGCUUCUUCUCUUGCCCCUAUGGCUUAUGUGGAGGAAGAGAAGGCGCGAGGCAGAGGUCAGCGGCGAGGGGCAGAAGGAAAAGGAGAGCGAGGAAGAGGACGAGACACGGACGUAUGAUCUGGCAUGGCUUCUGGAGGAGCGCAUACAGUGGCCUGUACAGGACCUGCAGACAGGCUGCAACAGGACAAUGGCCAUGAUGGAGAAAUUCCUAAGUGCCCUCAGGCGUGCCUUGGUUGGGACUUUCUUCCCGGUGCUGCAUCAAGCCAUUGGUUUUGGCAGUGCCUUUGAAGGCUGGACUGAGAGUGGGGAGGAAACUGUGUACCAUGUGCUUGUACCUCUGAGUGCUCCCCCAGGCCACAUCUUCCACCUGGAGCGUGACACCGACUGGCUGAGGCCCGGCAGGAACUUCCGUGUCCGCGUGGAGCUGGUGUGCAGCUGCCCAAGGGGGCAGGAGGGUGCGAACAUGCUGUGCUUCCGCCACCACCCUGACGUGAUGGGCAUGAUAACUGAGCAGCCCAACCUCCUAGACAUGCUGUGCACCGGCUCCUACCUUGACGUGGAAAAAACCAUCUACUUCUUCUACAGACUGCUGGAAGUAAGCUGGCAGCGUUUGCCUGAGUCACGCAGUUGGCAUUUAGCGCUGCACUACUCCCAACGCUUCUGCCACCUCAGGCUGUCCAACAGCCAGGAAAGCUUCCAGGUUCAAGUGAUGCUUGGGCUACAGAGAUUUACCUCAGACAUCUUUAUCAGCAGCCGGCCUCGAGGGGCCCACACCCCAAGCACAAUGUGGCCUGAGACCUACAGCAUGGCAGAGACAAAGUUCUUCAGGCACAUGGCCAUGCAGCUCCCUCAGGACAGCUCGCACCUGAAAUGCCUGCAGCUCCUUGCUGUAGCUUUUCAGGAGUGCAAGGGAUUUUCCAUCCAUUCCAUCAAGACCAUCUUCAUGCACCAGCUGAACACCAUACCUCUGCCACGGUGGCACAGCAGGUAUUUCCUGCUUCAGCUGUCCGAUGUCCUGGAGCAGCUGCGCUUAGCUCUGCAAAAGAAACACCUGCAGCAUUUUAUUGUGGGCAACCAGAGGCUUCCAGAGGAGAUCAGGUUGCCCCAAGAUGUACAAACAUCUAGGCCAUCCAACCUCUUCCACAGCCUGUGGAGGGAUCAGGCUGCCCACUCCCAGGCGAUGCAAGCCUACCUUGAUCUGCGCCAUCGCCUGGCGAGGUUGCUGGCCUAUGGCCACUGUUAG